UAAUUGUAUUUUAACUGCCUUUGAACUCAUUCAACUGAAAUGCCCAGUAUCAGUUUUGUUUUAAUUUUUCACCCGAUCGAAUGUGCGCGCGGCAUGUUAACAUUUACAAAAACAACUUUGCUAAUUUUACUUGUGGCUAUACUUCUUGGAAAUACGGAAUGUAAAUUUAAAAUAACCAAUGUCAAAUGCCACUCGAUGAAUGAGUCGUAUGCCAAAUUCAAGACGUGUCGCUUAAGAGCCGUGCGAAGGAACACAAAUGAAUUAACAAUUUAUGUUAAAUUACUGCAACUGCCAAUAGAUAAUGUGAAGGUUCAAUUGAAAUUGGUGAAACGUAACGACUACCGGAACCGGUCGAUUUACGAAUAUAACAUUGAUGGUUGUGCUUUUUUGCGCAACAAACGUCGUAAUCCACUGGCCGAAGUUUUCUACAAUUUCUUGGGUCUUCAAAGUCACAGUAAUGCCAAUCACUCGUGUCCGUACAAUCAUGAUCUCAUAUUGGAUCGUUACGCCAUCGACGAUAAGGUUGUGCCUUUUAUUCCACUGCCCGUUGGCGUUUAUGUGAUAUACACUUAUUGGGAGACGGAUGGAGUUGGGCGUGCCAAUGUCGAUGCUGUGGUUGAGGUUAAUGAUAAAUAGUCAUUUUUAACCAUACUUCAGAAUAAAAAACUUGCCUUAAGGGCUCAAUCAUGGAAUAAUAUUGCGAUUCACUCACAAUGGCCAAUAAACUUCAAUCUUACAGCUAUUUCAAUAAGAUUUUUUAUACUAGAUAUCUAAAUAGUAUAGCAUAUGAGUUAAUUUGGCAAUAAUGUUCCUUUGUUUCGCAAAAAUUAUCUAUUUUUUGUGAACAAAUAUUAAAACCAAGUCGAAUUUAUAGAA